GCCGUGACUUGAGUGCGAUGAGUGGGCGGGUGUUGUGGGGAUUGUUUUGUUUGACGAGUCGGUGAGAGGGUCAAGGUUAGGGUUAGACGGGUGAUUGGUUCGGUCUAAUUUGAUAGGGUGACAGGGUUGAGUUACUGCGUCUGACUAGUCUCGAGUGUAUCUACUUGAUAUUAAAAGCUAUUGCUUGAGCCUUUUAGAAGAAAUUACACCUAUUCUUGGGACAAACUGCAAAUGCAGUAAAUUUUAACAUUAUUAUUACCAUUGAAUUUAUUUUCUAUAAUAAUAAAAACCUUUAGCCAUAGAAGAAUCUUUAAUCAACAGUAAAUUAAUGAUAAAUACCAAAAAUUGAAAAUUAAAAAAACACAGAAUCCUCUACAGCUAAAUCCCACAAAAUCUCAAACACCACAGCUUCCGACACACGCCCUGAACAGCUCGGCAAUAAAAGCCCCAACAAAACCCAUACCGCGCGCAUCGAGAAUCGCUGGUUACAUUACAGCCGCCGUAACGUUUUUACAGCGCAGCCGACUCUCGGCAAUAUUAAAGUCUCGCGCUCGUUACAGACCUCUAUAUACCGCUGCCCAUUUUACUAUACAUCCAUACACACUCACACACACAAACGCUCUGUUCCCACGACUGGCGCCGUUCUAACUCUCAUCCAAGGCCGUUUCUUUCUUUCCGCGCCGCGAAAUCGGUGUGAAUGUAGUGUAUGCGGCGACUUUAAUGAGCAUCGCUUUUUUUUCGAGGCGGAAGAUGAUUUUAUUGUUGGUUACAGUUGCGCGAGAUUCGACUCUUUUUUUUCAGCGGAAAAUCGCCGCGGCACUACUGGACCGUGAGAACGCUCUAGGAUAACUGUAACCUAAUUUUAUGCAGAUUAUAUUGUUAUUAUUUUUUUUUAGUAUAGUUGUGUAAGUGUUAUUAUUUACGGUUUAGUGCUUCGGCAUAUCGUUGACUCGCUUUCGAUCGCGGAGAUACGAAGGAUUAUCGAGGGUGUGCCAGUUUAGCGCUUUAUUUAUAUUUUUGAACGAUAUUGCCGAUUAUCUUUGCGCUCUCGAAACGUCCGAUUAUGUAGGUAAGAUAUCGGGGACUGAUUGUGGGAGUCUUAGAUAAAGCGACCAAAACAAGGCGGUUAUUUAGCUUUAAUAUCGAUCGGCGUAGAUUCCGAUUGUAUAUAGUAGGUUUGAAAACUUGUGAAAAUUGUUGAACAUAUCGGAGAGUGCAUUGCAACACUACACUGCAGGCUCUUUUCUGAAAAUCGCGUUACAUAACGUGAAAGUAGAAAAAAUCCAGGCCUAAGUGACACUUGACUGCGGCUUUUAUAUUUCAUGAAUAGCCUUUGUGUUUGCCGAUCUUUCUUUUCUCUCUCUCUCUCAGUGGGCAUAUAAUUCGGAACGUAUACAUUGUUGUCUAAGCACGUGAUUACCAAUACUCGUUCUACAGACGCUAACACGCCCUAUUGUUAUCCGACUGAUUCGAUUAAGAGCUUAUACGUAUAAUUAUUUCCAAAAAGCUCGACACUUACUCGGUUAAAAUUACAUGCGAUGCAACUAUAAACGAGCUUAAACGAGCGCGAUAUCCUGGUAAGCUAUACAUACAUCGGACAAAUCGAACUUUUUCGGAGCAACAACUUUCCCGCGCGUGCGCGCUCUUGGCGGCAUGAGCGAUAGCGUCCUUGAUCGUCGGCCAAGAGAAAAGCUCGCGCGCGCGAGAGCGAAAAUUUCCGCCUUACGUCUGCGUCUCUCUCUCUCUCUCUCUCUCUCUCUCUCUCUCUCUAAUGCAAUGCGGGUGUGACGGGCGAUUAAGUCAGCCCUAAUAUGCAAACACACGUGCGCAUGUAUCUGCCAGAGGGAAAAGGUCGAUUGGACGACGGUGGGAUUGAUGGAACUUAGUUUUGUAGAUUCGUUUAAGAAGAGCAAUCGAUGGGGAAACGGAUUAUUUUAGAAAUAAAACUGUCGUGCGAUGUUAUUAUGUUUGGCAGUAUCUUGGAACACGAGGAUUGAGCAACGAUUUUGGCUGCAAAAUCAUGGUGAACCCAAGAUUAAUGUCGAAUCGAGGUGAUAAUUAAAACGACUUAAUUGCAUCACACAUCGGCGCCAAGUAAUGUCACACUCCGAGUUCGCGAAAAAAAAGUCGACGAAUACAACCUUCGAAAGCUGCUCUUCUAAUCAUAACUCAAAUCCUCCACACACUCGGCACAGCCGCAAGACGAUGAAAGAAUAAGCGAAUUUAUUUGUUUUGCUUAGCUCGCGCUCGAUCUAUAUUCGGAGUUAACACGUUUUUUGACCCUGUUCCGGCAAACCGGCUGCGUUGCGUCACUUGCGAACAUAUGCCGUCUAAUCUAUUUACGGCUUAUUCGACUCGCUCGCGGGUAACCUUAUGGACAAUAAUCCUCUUUGAAAAUAAAAACAAAGUUAGAGGGGGGGGGGGGAAGCCCUUCUAGACAAACGCCCGUGACACGUGUUCUUUUUUUUCUUCACCUAUUCUCUCCUUCAUCUUCUUUGAACAAAGAGUGUGUAUGCUAUAACCUCCGCGCCGAGAUCGACCUCAGCACGGAGAUGGACAGUGGCGAAACGAAAAUAAUGUGCAGGCGCGCCGAGCACUCGGACAUUCCUAAAAUCGCGAGGAUGAUUCGCUGCAGGACUUUGGAGCUGUUCGACGACGUCACGCAUCCCGGAGUGAUUUUUGAAAAGGCCUGCUUGGCAGUCGUUCGGGAGAACGAAGCGCUAGAGAUCGUCUCGGCGAUGUUUCUUUGUAAUUACCCGAACGUUCCGGUACUUUUACAAGCGGACUGGCCGACAUGGAUGAAUAGGCUUUACGGCUUGGAAAACGCGACAGCGGCGAACACGCUUUUCGUCCAUUUCCUCGUCUGGGACGAUCGUUACGAGCGGGACUUUCUGGGCGAACUGUUGACGGCGACUUUCUACGAGGCGGCUUUCUGCGAUUACGUCGUUCUCGUACUGCCCGCCGGAAUCGAACCUGCGAACGCGAUUCGCGAAGAAAUGACGAAGGUCUCUCCAAAAAACGAACCCCAAGAAGUCAAAGCUCAAGUGCUCUACGUUAGCCACCAGAGCAAGCGCAUCCCGCGGUUGAAAUAUCGUCUCGCGGUCGAGGAGGACAACGACGACGUUAUUCAAAUGCUCGACGCCGAGUCGACACGACUGCGGGAACUGUACGGCGAGUUUUACAUCAGCGAGAUGGUGCGUCAGCCGCUGGAAUCGCGACGCAUUAUCGUCUCGGAAAGGGAGAACUCGUCGAUCUCCGCGAUCCUCUGCCUAAAUAGGAACGUCGAUCUCGAUCUGUUGAAUGACAAGUUUGAUCUCGAGCCGUUUGCCCAGCUCAGGAAAAUACGAUCUAGAUGCAGCGAUAUUUUUAGCUUCGAUGAGUACGGAGGAGAGUAUGCGGUGGAUGCGGCAAGUGAUUCAUUGAGCAUCAGCUGCGAGUCUAGAGGAAGGAGUGACGAGGAUCUUGGCGUCGAAGCGUCGGAUUCGAAAAGUGAGGAGAACGAACUUUGCGAAGACGAGGAUAACGAAGAGUACGAAGCAGACGCUUUCGCGUUGGAGCUUCACGGCACGCAACAGCCCGUCGACGAGCUCAGGUGUCAGGGUCUUUUAAGCGCCGGAUUCGAGUGUUUUCCGGACCUAGAUUACUGCGUCUUACUCGUACCGACGGAUACACCGCAUUUCCCGAUGCUCGAUUAUUUCGUGCGCGUCCCAUCGAAGCCCACCCGAGACUUUCCAAUGGCUCUGUAUGUAACCCAUCGUUCCGUGUUGCAAGCGGAUCUUCGAGCGCGAGAAGCUCUGUCUACCGACCGCGGAGCCAUUGCUGAUCUCGUCGAAGGGAUGUCCAACGUCGUUCGCGAUUUCGACGAGGCGUUGAUGUCCGAAAGGAAAGAGCGUCGAUGCUUCGUUUUCACUUGCGAUGAGGUCGUCGUCGGUCUGGCUAUUGUAUGCGUCGAGGAGGAAGUCGAUAGGCUGCGCCUGUGCUAUCGCGUGGAGGAUCUCUCGCCGCGGCUGGAAAACGCGAACCUCGACUGUUGCAGUGGUCGGUUGCUGCGGUUCGAGCUCAUGCCGAUCUUCAACUCGCGCCUCGACUUUUUUCUCGCCGAGAUCAUGAGACUCGCUGGAUUUCAGGCGCUGUAUCGGAGGCAGUGUUCGAGAGAUGAUUGCAGGGCCGUGUUACCAUCGUGUUUAAGCGUGAUGCAACCGACAGAGCCGAGGAUUCGCAAAUUCCCUCACUUUCAACGUUUCCACGAGAAAGAAAACGUCGACUUUCUAUUCGAUGAGCUAUUCUCGCUCUUCGUGAUAACUCCCAGAUUGACGAUGAUCAGGAGAGAAAUCGUAAAUACGAAGAUUGUGGUCGUAGGCGCCUCCGAUUGUGGACUGGCUUUUAUCGGCGCUCUUACCUCGGGGUACAAGUACAGGGAUCUGCAAUUCUCCGAUAUCACGUUGAUAUCCAGCAACGGUCUCCCGUACGACCACUCGAACGACUAUUCCGUCAGGAUAAUGACACCGUUCAGAGGCCGAUACUGUCAUGCCUAUCGAAAGCUCACUUCUGGAAACUUCACCGUCAUCAAAGGCACAGUUGUCGCGAUCGACAGGGAGAAAAAACGUGUGCAGAUCGAGAACUCGGUGUCCGUGACUUACGACUAUCUCGUUCUCACUUGCGGUUCGCUGUUUCAAAGGCCCGAAUUGGACGAAAGCUCCAGCCUGGAAACUCCGGCGAAUUGCUUUUUGAUUAACGAUGACGCGAACGCUCGUAACUGCCUGAUGGAAAUUAGGAGGAUGACCGUCGAUUUUACUGUUAAACAAUCAAUUGUCUUCUAUGGAUGCAAUAUCGAGUGCUACUGCGCAUUAGCUGCUUUCCUCGAGCUGGGCCUUGAAGGAUCGUGGAUCACGUUAAUUGAGCCGAAGCUUCUCGCUCGUGACGAUGUCUUCCGAGACGAUUUAGAAAUAAAGGAAUCGUUAAGGGAGACACUAGCAUCGAACGGUGUCAGGGUCGUGUCCGACUGCGACGUGGUCGACUGGACGACGAUCGAGGGGUCGGGAGUCGUGAUCAAAAGCCUGCGCCUUGGGAGAAACGAGGAGAUCAUCGACUGCGACGCUCUCCUUAGCUUCCAGAACAAGCGGCCGUGUUACGAGACCUUUCUAGCGAUAUCUCGUGCGGGUCUAGUCUUCGACGGUCGCCUCGUCAUCGACGCGGAAUUCAGGACGAACGACCGGUGGGUCUUUGCCGCCGGAACGAUGACCAAGUACUCGAGAAAACUCCGGAUUUCCAAGCUAUCGCCCCACGCGCAGUACAAUAGAAUCGAAGUCGGAGAGAAGCUAGCCGAAAACCUCGUGAGCACAAUCGCGUCCGAUAACAAGAAGGACGAAGGCCUUAGAUUAGGCCUACCUGGACACACCUUCCGCGAGCCCGUUGUCGUGUCGUGUCUUCUUCCCGGUGGAUAUCGGUAUCUGUACGUCCGGAAGCCUGGCGUUUUGAAUACGAUAGAGGACCUCGAUAAAGAGGUAGACGCGCGAGAUGACGUGUUUACGUCGGGAUCUCGCACAGCUGAUACUGGAUACUUUCGACUUCGUUUAAACCAGUUUCGUACGGUCGAGUGCGUAACUUGCUUCGGGAAAACGGAUUUCGAUAUUCAGAAUAUGAUUUCGCUCUACGGGAGACACGAGGCGAUGCUUAACGAUUUGAAAAGACGCUUUUUGAAUUCCGAGAUCGGCGACUUUUUCGCGUACUUUAACGAGCCCUGGGCUGCCGCGUUAUUCUCCGACGAUUUCGACGAGUUUCGAAGGAGACCGAGAUGCUUUUGCCCCGACGGCACAACCGACUGUAAACAAAUCCUGCGAAAUUACCUAACUCAGGCUCUAACUCAGGCUAAUUACGAGGAAAAUAGCCUCGUCGUUCUCACGCAGAUCUCGGAGUCGGAUCGGGCGGCGCUGAUGAGCCAGUGUCUGGAAAAAUCCUGUUAUCUCCAGGAAAUAGAGGACGGCCUGAUCGAGUUUCUCGAACGUCACGAGGAUGAAUUGCCGAUGUACAAGACGAGUCGGAAAGAGCGUCGGAUCCUCCGUGAAAUCGAAGAUACACCUCUGGUUUAUCGCGAUAACGCCGAAUGCAUUUGCCAGUCAUCCGCGUAAAAGGGGAACGACGACGACGACUGUAUCGUCGGGCGUAUGGCUUUAGAAAGCGUUUUUCGGAGGAGAGAAUAAAAAUACACGUCGUUGGGGAAUCCUCGGCGUAGAAAGCUUGGAAAAUUCGUGUAUCGGCGUUGAUUGAUCACUUUUGCGCCUGAAAAGGGAAAAGCAAGCUUAUCCAACAUUUUUACCAUCAAGAGGACAAAGCGAAUACACUUUCCCUCGCUUUUUUUUCCCAUCGAGCAUCAACGACGACAACAACCCCAUUAAAAACGAAAUCCAGCUGAUUACAUACCCUAAAACAAUUUUCCCGCAUCCCAGAGUAAGAGAGAGCAAACAAAGCCUCGUAAAAUCCGGGAUGACAAUGGACCCCUGGCAAGAGAAAUCGAGGCUGCUCCCGAUCUCGGUUCGCGCGAGUUCCGUUUAUUAGCAUGAUUCGCGCGCGCGCGCGCGCGCGAGAGCGAUUCGAUCUUGUAGGUCAAGUUUACGAGGCUUUUGCAGCAGCAGCUCGAGAGAAGUGGGAGUGGGCUCUCCUGACAGCGUUAGCUAUACGAGCAGAUGUGCCGCAUCGUUGCAGCAGUCCACGUGCGCGUGUUGAGAUCUUCGCUUCGAGAGUCUUGUGUGUGUGUCUUACAUUGUAGGCGAAAGAGAGAACUGCGCUUUUUUA